AUGGCCAUGGAUCAACUGGGUGAUAUCCGGAACUUAGUGCAGCAUCGGCUGCUUUGCUUGCUCAAACCAUCUAAUUCGCUGUUGUUGUUGCAGGACGGGAUAUUUGAGAAGAAGAACAACAAUGGUCAUCAACAAGUUGAAGAAGAUGAACAACAAGAAGGAAAGUCCCACACAGCAAUGACAAUGGCUAUGGCAAUAGAAGUCUACCGCACAUACUGGCUAGCAGCGUUCCUGUUCAGUACACACGUCACAUUCCGCAUCCCAGCCACGCGGCCAACAAGGGAGAAUCUGGUGCCCCAGUUGCAAAUGGCGAUCCGCCGGAGCAGUGAUUCUUUGGCCGAUGAGAAUGGGGAUGAGGUUAAAGGUAAGAAUGAGAUCUUGUUCUGGUGUACGAUGAUCGGGGGAAUUGCGGCGCAGGAUGGAGAGCUGGAGCGACGGUGCUGGUACGCAGGAGAAUUACGGAAGUUGUGUCACGCACUGAAUAUUCAAUCUUGGGCAAAGAUCCAGGAGCUGAUGCGGUCUUUUGCGUGGGUGGAUGUCGCGUGCGACGAGGGGGGUUAUCGGUUGUGGAUGGAGGCAUAUCCUUCUCGUCGAUAA